CGUCAACGCACAUGGAGGCCAUUUUAAUUAUCCCAUUAAUCAAUUCAGUUUAGAUUGAACACAAUCAUGGGCAGAAUUUUGAAGUUUUUUAAGCGAUUGAAUUGCAGGUCUUCGAGUAGCACGUGUUUUUGCGGAUACGAUAACUUGAAAGAUGAGCAGUCUCAGGUCUUCAAAUUACCAAACGGCAAUUCCAUCGUUAUUUAUGGAUAUGAAAGAAGUUACAUGAGUUCUUUUAUAAUUGUGAUGGUAUCAUUAUUUACAUUUUUUACUGCCUUGCUUAUUGCAAGUAUUCGCCCUGGAGGAUUGACGCCAUGGUUUUACAGACGUUCAGCUUUAUCUCGAGCAACGAAAGUCAUGUUGUCACCAAAAUCAUUUGUUAACGUUCAUCACGACAGUAAUGGUCGCCGGUGGUUCCUUUGGCGACACCACCGUUUUACUUGGUGUGCCCAGUCUGGUAAAUUUAAACGUAUGCGAUGCGUGGAUGAAAUAGGACUUCGGUUUUCCGACAUUCAUGGACUAGGCAAUGGACUUGAUCCCACUAAUCAUCGUUUAAGGCAAGAUAGCUAUGGAAGCAACGUCACAGAUGUUGCUCAACCCAGUUUCAUUUAUCUGUUUGCCUUUGCGUGGAUAAAACCUUUCCGCCUAUAUCAAGUAAUGGCUAUUACUAUCUGGAUCAUUCAAAAGUACUACAUCUAUGCCGGUAUUAUUGGAAUAGCUGCCAUUGCUGAAACGAUGUCGAGUAUUAUCCUCAAAUAUCAGCACCAACGUCGAUUACAUCAAAUGUCGCUUUUUAAUUGUGAAGUAACCGUUCUUGGUCCUGGACAUGACAGGCGCAUCAUAAUGUCUGAUGAUCUAGUGCCAGGAUCGGUAAUUCAAAUAACGCUUAAAGACAACAUUAUAAUGCCGUGUGAUGCCGUAAUUUUAUCUGGUAGCUGUGUCGCUCGUGAAUCAGAUGCAGCUAAACCAAAGCACAAGUAUCAGCUUCCCAAGUCGCGAACACAAGUAUACAAUCCACAAAGCCAUCGCCAGCACACCUUACUCAGAGGAUCUUCGCUUGUCUUACAUACUGAAAAAGUAAUUGCUCUGGUUAUUCGAACUGGUUGGAGUACGGAAAACGGUGCUGCCCUUGCAGCCAAACUGGACGCUGUCAGUCGCCCAUUGAUUUUUGAUCGCCACUGUGACCGUCUGUUUUUAUUUCUCGCGUUCGCUGGGAUAUGCGCUGCUACGUAUGGAUUCUACAUCAGAUACUCAUUUCUUGAUGUGCUUGGGCUCAUUCCUGAAGGAAUGAGUUUUCUCUUCAUCUGUCUUCCCCCGCUGUUUUCUCCAGCGCUGUUUGUGACCAGUCUCUGCUCAUUUGUCCGUCUUUAUCAGAAUGGAUUUCGUUUUAAUUCUUUUGAUGAGCCAAGUUCAGUUUUAAAUCACACAGGUGCUACCGACACCGUUUGUUUGCUAGAGAACGUAGUUAUGCGAAAUGUAGAUGCCGCAAUAUUGAAAGUUUCAUCAACAAGAUACGAUGAGUGGGCACGUGAUCCGCAGCUCACAUUAUGUAUGGCUAGUUGCGUCACCCAACAUACAUUAGAUGACUUAAAGAUGUUUUCAAAUUCGGCUUGGCAGACUGUUGCUGGACAAAACCAUCACAACGUGCAAUCAGUCAGCAACGAACAUGAAAUCUAUCGCAUAACUAAAAUCUACGCUGAUGAAACACACUCUUCCUUACCGUUAAUUCUAGUCAGAGCCGACCCAGUUGAAUCAGUUAAUGCUGUGCCGUGGUACUUUCUCCGAGGUUCCUAUUCAGAUGUCGUGGCAUUCGCUGAAGAGUUUCCAGAUCACAAUAAAGAGGAUCGAGCGCAAAUGGUGGCAUUUGCUGGACGACCACUGACGGAAUCAGAGAAAUCGUCGACUCUAGAUCCAGAUUUAAAUCUUCUACUACGCAAGUUUCAUCUUUUGGGCGUUGCUUCAGUCGAGUACAAAGUCUCAAAGGAGACUUGCGCUGUCGUUUCUGAACUUCGAUCGGCCAGCAUUCGAACCUUGAUAAUUUCAAAUCGAGAACUGGAAGAAGCCGUUCAUCUAGCGCGUAGUUCUGGAAUCAUCUUCAACAAAGAACCUGUGGCUAAGAUAGAAAUUCCUUCGAUAGAAGAAUUAAAUCCUCCCUCGCUGAGUGUCAUCGAUCUUCCCGAAACUGGUUCUGGAGCUAAUCUAGUAGAAAUCGGCAUUCAACGUCAGUCUCACGUUGUUUUAACCGGCGAUAUGCUCGACUCUUUGCUAGAAUCAUUUCCAGAAAUGAUUGAUCAGAUUAUUGGUCGAGUAACUGUUUUUGCCUCUGCCAAUGCAGCUCAAACGAACUGUUUUCUUGAGAAAUUGGAUGGACUUAAUCGUACAAUACUUGUUUGCAAAGAUGACGAAGACUACUGCUUCUCAGUACCUCUAACAUGCUUGACCUUAGCGCCUCAUGAUAAACGCCAGGUACUACAUCGUGACUUGUGCAGCAAUCAGUCCAUCAACAGCAUCAGAAAUUUAUUGGAAGAGAGUAGAGCAUCGCUUGCGAGAUCCCUUGGAAUCAGCAAACUCAUGGUUUGCUAUGCGGCUGCCCGAUUGACCUCUUCUCUUUUGCUUUACGAUGAUCCAUCUCCUGCAAUUCAGACGCUUUUCAUCGACCUAGUUUUAGUAAUGACCCCUGCGAUGCUCUUUGGUUGUACACAGCCGAAUAACCAACCCCUUUCUAAAAAAGUACCAUCUGAAUCGAUCGCCCGGCCUAAAGAAAUGCUAUCCAUGUUGUUUCAACUCGUACUUAUUGCAGUCACUCAAUACUUUGCUGUCAUAAUGGCCGAACACCAGCCAUGGUUUGAAAGAACUGUGCAAAAAACAAACUGGACCGAUGAUUCCUUUACUUUGUCGGACGAAAACUACGCAGUUUACUCUUUAUCGCUCUUUCAGUAUUUAAACCUGUUUAUUCUUUUCUCUUCUGGAGCUCCUCAUCUUCGUAGAAUCUGGACUAAUCUAGGGCUUACAUUCUAUCUUCUUACGUUAGCCAUAUUUUGCUCUGUCAUCGUUCUUGAACCAUCUGAACAACUUAAAAUGUUUAUGGGGGUAAAAACCCCACCCGUGUUCGACUUCCGUCUGGCACUUUUCUCCCUGGGCGUCAUUUACAUGAUCACUUCGUUGGGCAUUCAAUGCCUGAUUGAUUACUGUUCUCUUCCCAGCUGCUUAUCUAGGAACUCAUCUCGUGGUUCGGCAUAUAUGGGAACAUUGCAGAAUGUCAACGUCAACGUUUUAUAUCGACCUUCUACCUUAAUCACUCAACAGCAAGACUCCACUAACGAGAACAUUUCCCAACCCACUACCUUGAACCUACCCAUUUUUUAAAUGUAUAGCAUCAAAGAUCGAUAUUUCUAUUUAUGUGUGAUAUUUAUCGAUUCAUAUGUUUUAAAUAAUAAAUUAUUAGGCGAA